AUGAACUGGACAAGUCCGAUUGUGUACCCUUCUCCCCAAGGCUAUGGUGCUGGCAACUGGUCUGAUGCUUAUCGGAAAGCUGAAGUCAUGGUGACCCUCAUGACGCUCGAGGAGAUGAACAAUGUCACUCUCGGCGUAGUGGACUCAAGCAAUGGCUGCGUCGGUAUCUCUGGUUCUGCACCUCGUCUUGGCUUUCCGGGGUUUUGUUUGCAUGACGCGGGCAACGGUGUCCGAAAUACUGAUGGAGUUAGCGGAUUUGCCUCCGGCAUCCAUAUUGGAGCCUCAUGGAACGCUACGCUCGCGUAUGAAAGGGCGCAGUUCAUGGGUGCGGAGUUCAAGCGGAAAGGCGUGAACGUCGCUCUUGGUCCUGUAGUGGGACCUAUUGGUCGUAUAGCGGAAGGCGGCAGGAACUGGGAGGCGUUUGCGGCGGAUCCGUAUCUUGAUGGCAUCUUAGGCGCACAGAGUGUCGUUGGUCUACAGGAAAGCGUGAUCGCUAGUGUGAAGCAUUUCGUGGCGUACGAGCAGGAGACCAACCGUAACCCGAUCGGAAACAGUGGAGGUACGGUGUUGAGUACAAGCGCCAAUUUGGACGACCGGACAAUGCACGAGCUGUAUCUGUGGCCUUUCCAGGACUUGGUUUACGCUGGUGCAGGUUGUGUGAUGUGCUCCUACAACCGCAUUAACAACACCUACGCGUGUGAGAACAGCAAAGCCAUGAACGGUCUGCUCAAGGGCGAGCUGGAUUUCCAAGGCUUCGUGGUCAGCGAUUGGGUGGGCCAGCACAGCGGCAUGGAAUCGGCAAACGCUGGUCUCGAUAUGGCAAUGCCAACCACGACCUAUUGGAAUGAGCGGCAACUUGAGAAUGCGGUCAACACCAGCGCGCUCAACAGGACACGCUUAGCCGAUAUGGCCACCCGUAUCAUUGCCACAUGGUACCAAUUUGGCCAGGACAGCGCGCUGCCGCUUGGUGCUGGUAUGCCGCCAAAUAUCCUCCUUCCGCACAACUACACGGAUGCAAAGGAUCCAGCCUCGAGGCCAUCCCUACUGCAGCAAGCCGUCGAGGGCCACGUACUGGUGAAGAACGUCAAUAACGCCCUCCCGCUUCAGCAGCCCAAGGUUCUCUCCAUUUUCGGUUACGAUGCUGCGCAGCAGGACGCUUACGUCCCAGACGGAUCGUUCUGGCAACAGAAUUGGGAAGCGAUCGGCUUGCAACCUCUUCAACUCAACGGCAUCGCAAGCAAUAACCCUGUAUCAGACCCACCGGAAGUGAUGAAUGGUACGCUCACAGUCGGAGGCGGGUCAGGCAGCAACAGCCCUGCGUACCUUUCAUCACCGUACGAUGCUAUUCAAGCGCGAGCCUAUAAUGACGGUACGGCAAUCUUCUACGACUUCGUAUCCGGCCACCCAAAUGUUGUCACCAGCUCAGACGCCUGCCUUGUUUUCAUUAAUGAGUACGCUUCCGAAGUCUGGGAUCGUCCGGGCUUAUCCGAACCAAACAGCAAUAUUCUCGUAUCGAACGUUGCUGCUUCCUGCAACAACACUAUCGUCGUAAUCCACAAUGCUGGGAUCCGCUUGGUUGACGCCUGGAUCGACAACCCAAACGUUACCGCUGCGAUCUUUGCCCAUUUGCCUGGACAAGAUGCCGGGCGAGCUAUAGCGCAAAUCCUGUAUGGAGAUGUCAGUCCUUCCGGCAGACUGCCAUAUACAGUAGCCAUGCAGCCAUCAGACUACGGGAAUCUGCUGGGACCUUGUCAGGCCCACGGCUCACUGUCACCACAAUGCCACUUCUCAGAAGGUGUCAACGUUGACUAUCGUGCUUUCCUGGCGCGCAAUGUCACUCCAAGGUACGAGUUUGGUUAUGGUCUGACAUACACUACCUUCAAUUACUCGAACCUGCAGAUAGCGAUUAAUGCGACAGUGACAGCAGCUGAUACUGUGGUGCCCGUAUACACCAACGGGACGACUAACAACAACGGAAACAACACUGCCAUUGGAAACGGAGGCUUGGAGUCUCUUUUUGGGAGCGUAGGCUUAAUCUCGGCAUCGAUCACGAACACCGGCGCUGUGGCCGCGGCUGAGGUCGCCCAACUCUACCUCAAGAUACCGACCACUUACGCUAACGCCAGCAAUCCCGCUACUCGAGUGCUGAGAGGCUUCGAGAAACUAACACUACAGCCGAAUGCCACUGCGCAAGUGAGCUUCAACCUUCGCCUGAAGGACGUGAGCAUAUGGAAUGUCACAAGGCAGGAAUGGAUAGUGCCGAGUGGAGAAUUUUCCGUGUUCGUUGGUAAGAGUGUGCUAGAUACGCCGCUCGUAGGCAGCUUUACGAUAUAG